AUGAAGGCCAACCUCAAAGCUAGCCUGAAGCAUUCGCCGGACCAAGUCGUUCUCUAUGUCGGCUCAAAUAACCUUAAAUAUAAAAGGUGUUGCAAGAUGCUGAAUCGAUCAUAGACAAGUCGAAAAUUCAUCCGACGCCACCUCCACUAUAUCGAGGCUUACUUCCACAAGGAAUGAAUUCAAUAGAGCGGUGAAAGAUGCCAAUAAACAUCUAAAGAGCUAGUGCCUUCAGAAUGGAUGA